CAGAGGGCGCUGCGCGGCCUGUGACGUGCGCCUGCGCAGUGCGGCCCCCUCCCCGCCCCUCGCCCCGCCACCCGGCCGCCUCUCCGCCCCUGGCCGGCCGGGCCCCGCCUCGGCUGCGCGCCUCGCCCCGCUCCAGCCGCCGCUCUCCCCGCAGCAGCCCGCCCGGUGUCCGGCAGCAUGUUCAGCUGGGUCAGCAAGGACGCUCGGCGCAAGAAGGAGCCUGAGCUCUUCCAGACGGUGGCCGAGGGGCUGCGGCAGCUGUACUCGCAGAAGCUGCUGCCCCUGGAGGAGCACUACCGCUUCCACGAGUUCCACUCGCCGGCGCUGGAGGAUGCGGACUUCGACAACAAGCCGAUGGUGCUGCUCGUGGGCCAGUACAGCACGGGCAAGACCACCUUCAUCCGGCACUUGAUCGAGCAGGACUUCCCGGGGAUGCGCAUCGGGCCCGAGCCCACUACCGACUCCUUCAUCGCGGUCAUGCACGGCCCCACCGAGGGCGUGGUGCCGGGCAACGCGCUCGUCGUGGACCCGCGGCGGCCCUUCCGCAAGCUCAAUGCCUUCGGCAACGCCUUCCUCAACAGGUUCAUGUGCGCCCAGCUGCCCAACCCGGUCUUGGAUAGCAUAAGCAUCAUCGACACGCCCGGGAUCCUGUCCGGGGAGAAACAGCGCAUCAGCAGAGGGUACGACUUCGCGGCUGUCCUGGAGUGGUUCGCCGAGCGGGUCGACCGCAUCAUCCUGCUCUUCGAUGCCCACAAGCUGGACAUCUCCGACGAGUUCUCAGAAGUCAUCAAGGCCCUCAAGAACCACGAGGACAAGAUCCGCGUGGUGCUGAACAAGGCCGACCAGAUCGAGACCCAGCAGCUGAUGCGGGUGUACGGGGCCCUCAUGUGGUCCCUGGGGAAGAUCAUCAACACUCCCGAGGUGGUCAGGGUCUACAUCGGCUCCUUCUGGUCCCACCCACUCCUCAUCCCCGACAACCGCAAGCUCUUCGAGGCUGAGGAGCAGGACCUCUUCAAGGACAUCCAGUCUCUGCCCCGGAACGCUGCCCUCAGGAAGCUCAACGACCUGAUCAAGAGGGCAAGGCUGGCCAAGGUUCACGCCUACAUCAUCAGCUCCCUCAAGAAGGAGAUGCCCAAUGUCUUCGGGAAAGAGAGCAAGAAGAAAGAGCUGGUGAACAACCUGGGAGAGAUCUACGCCAAGAUCGAGCGGGAGCAUCAGAUCUCCCCUGGCGACUUCCCGAGCCUCCGCAAGAUGCAGGAACUGCUGCAGAGCCAAGACUUCACCAAGUUCCAGGCCUUGAAGCCCAAGCUGCUGGACACAGUGGACGACAUGCUGGCCAACGACAUCGCCCGGCUGAUGGUGAUGGUGCGCCAGGAGGAGUCCCAGAUGCCCUCCCAGGUCGUCAAGGGCGGUGCCUUCGACGGCACCAUGAAUGGGCCCUUCGGGCACGGCUACGGCGAGGGGGCCGGGGAGGGCAUAGAUGACAUCGAGUGGGUGGUAGGCAAGGACAAGCCCACCUAUGACGAGAUCUUCUACACACUGUCGCCCGUCAAUGGCAAGAUCACGGGCGCCAACGCCAAGAAGGAGAUGGUGAAGUCCAAGCUGCCCAAUACGGUGCUGGGGAAGAUCUGGAAGCUGGCCGAUGUGGACAAGGACGGGCUGCUGGACGACGAGGAGUUUGCCCUGGCCAACCACCUCAUCAAAGUCAAGCUGGAGGGCCAUGAGCUGCCCACCGAUCUCCCCCCACACCUGAUCCCACCCUCCAAGCGGAGGCUCGAGUGACCAGCCGGCCCCGUGCGACCAGCCAGCAGAGACGGGGGGCGGGGAGGGUCGCCGGUUCUCAAGGUCCAUAAAGACUGAGUGGCUGUCUCCUCGGCUCUUGAAAAGGAAAACCACCAUCUUUCUUUCAAAGGCUGUUCCUGGGCCCAGCAGGGAGGCAGGGUGAUACUCGUAUGUGAAUGAUGGAAUUUUAUGCACAAGAACUAUGGAUAUUUUUAAUAUAUAACGUUAGAGGCGGCCUUCUUUCUUGCCUCCUCCGUCUGACAGCCCCAUGCCUUCACGCACACAGCUGGCCUCCCCCCUUGCCUCCCGCUCUGGCUGUGCAGCACUCAGCGCCCACAACCACUCCCAGCGUACCCCUCCUGGCAGCUGCCGGGCUGGGGCCUGUGUAGACAGGAAUGGCUGAAUCUGGGUUAUUCCUAAACUGAGCGAAGCUUCUUCGGGCCAGUGGCCUCCUCCCCAUGUCCCGGACUCGGUUCUUGUGCCUUUUGCCACCUCUCAGCCCCCUGCGCACAGCCCUGCUCUUUGCUCUCCUGGCCUCCCGCCCCUUGCGUGGCCGUCACCGAAGCAAGGCCCAGCUGCCUUUGGGGGAUCAGAGGGGUGGGUGGGUGUGAAAGAAAACAUCUUCCAGAAGAUAUAUAAGCUAAUGUUGGUUCCGUAAAAGUAACACCUCUUAUACUUGACUGGGUUUUCCAGUAACUUCCCAACCACUCGUUCAGAAGCUGUGAUUCUUGUCUCCUUUCCCACUCUAACCAGGGGCAGCUCUACCCAGGAGCCAUGAGACACGGUGUGUGCAGAGCUCCCCCGCCGGGGACCCCAGAGGUGUUCUCUGCGGCACCCUCUCACUCCCUGGACAUUCCGGUGCACCUCCCUGCCCCACCCUUGGGUGGGUGCUAGGUCCUCAUGAACUUGGCAUGGUUUGGUGCUCUAGCCCCGGCCUAGUGGCCAGAGACCAGGGAUAACCCAGCCCCUUGAGCAAAGGAAGGUGGGAUGCCCUUAGAGCAACCCCUUCCCCAGGCUGAGAAUAAACAGGCAGCGAGUGGCCAGCUCAGGCCGCCUCACGGCUUUGCCUUGGUCGGGCUGUCUAAGCAGCAGUAUGUCCGGGCCAUCACUCCCACGGGGGUCUCAGGGACUCCUGCACUCUGACCUCUCCAGCCCCGCCCACCCUCCCAGUGCUGCUCUCCAGGCGUCCGUCCGCUGGGUCCCAGUGGCCAGGAACUGGCCUGGUUACGUCCAGCCGGCCUCGGCCCACCAUUCCGUGCGGUAUUAGAUGAGGGUGAAGGUGCAUUGUUGAGAAUUCACUGUUUCCGAUGCAGUGGCUUUUCCACGCUCAUCUGUGGGAAGAAAAGCAACUAAGACAAGACUUUCUUGAAUUAAAGAAGUUUGUGCUGAA